AUGACUGCUGACGACAUAAUCUCGCUCAAGUCAAGGCAAAAGCGCCGUCUCUAUGAGCCCAUAGUCCUGUACAAGGCUCUUACUGAGAUCACCCACGAACAAGGCGCUCUUCGUCCUGCUGAAGCCCCAGAACGGCCAAGGACCGAAGAAGAGCGGUAUCAUCACUUUCUUCACAAACUAGCCAGUAUCUGCGAUAGUACCAAGGGCGGUAGGACCGUCACUUCAAUCGCUAUACUCGACGAGGAAGAAAAGUACAAAUACGUCUUUGCUUGCAAUCAGAUAUCCGAUGGAGACCUCGCCGAUACACGAGAUCUCCUGACAACGGUUCUGACAAGCCUGUGUGACUUUCAUACAUUUCCUCUGGGGAAGAAGAACACUGUUGAGAGUAAAAUUCUGAAGAAGAUUCUCUCAUUCAACUCGCCUAGAAUCAACUUCUAUCUGAACCACCUUAAGGCGAAGAACAUUGUGGAAUGCCUAGAGUACUGCCACCUACAUACAGACGCAGCCGACACCUCGGUCGAGGAGGGUUUGAGGACUCUUGGUAGUGUUCUUGAGGAUUUAACAUUCAAGAACAUGGGCGAUAACGAGUACUUUGAAACCUACAGCACGAUUCAGCUUGUGCUCGAUAGGUUUCUUACCCCUGAAGUUAAAAGCUACAUCGACAUACGGGCCACCAACGGCCGCUUCAGCGAAGGCCGGAGCUUCGUAUGCUGGUCUGAGUUACGACACAGCAUAUCACGUCUUCAGAGCUACAAGAAAACUGUCCAAGAUCUCAUCGCAGCCGAGAAAGAAUGGCCAGAUAUUUUCCAGGAGUUCGAAGUUGUUUCAGUAAAGUCCAGCCAGGCAGAACCCAACCCCCUUGGCAAGAAGAGCGAAAAAGCUUCCAACAUCAUCGGGCUUCUCGAGUGGAUAAUGGCCCUCAACCGAGAACUUGCCCGGGAACAUCACCCAGGGGUCAUGUUCUUUCAUGACUGGAGCUACAUUGGGAGCAGUCAACACAACGGUAUACGCACUCGAGCAGGCCAUGGUAAUCUUUACAUCAACUGGCGGUUUCCAGAUCUUCACGAAUCCGACGGGACUUUCGGUCAAAAACGACGACAGAGCAUCUUCAACUCAAUGAUAGAGAAGAUUCGGCAGGAUGCUUUUGGGAUCUUGGUGAUGAGGAACUCGGAGGGCAAGAGGCAUGACUCGAGCACCCAUCCUCUCAUGUCGGUGCGGUAUACGGAUGUUCAGACGGAGUUGAGUGUUGGUGAUCUGCCUGAUGUCGAUGAACUGGGCGAGGGUUUUGCUACGGGGCUCAAUCUGGACUCGCCGAGUAACAGUCUGGAGGAGUCAGACUUUGAUGAUGAGGAUGGUGGAACUAGUCUUUGA